GGUCCGAGAGGGCCGCUAUGCAGCAAAGCACGCCCGAAGGGUAGGAGCCCGGGCCCUCCCCCGGGCCCAGGAGUGCGCAGGUGAUGGAGACCCGCCAGGUGCCCAGGAGCCACCGGCUGCGGCUGCUGCUGCUGCUGCUGCUGCUGCUGCUGCUGCUUGUGCCCUGGGGCAUCCGCACGGCCUCAGCGGUAGCCCUGCCCCCCGCGGGGGUCCUCGGCCUCCGCACCCCCCGGCGCGCCAGGGCGGGUCCCCGCAGCCCCGCGUCGCGGCGGAGCCUGGCGCUGGCGGACGACGCGGCCUUCCGGGAGCGCGCGCGGCUGCUGGCCGCCCUCGAGCGCCGCCGCUGGCUGAACUCGUACAUGCACCAGCUGCUGGUGCUGGACGCGCGCUGA